GAAACAAGCAAAGCUGUUGAGCAGUGACAGACGUUAUUGAAACCUGCCCAAGCAUAUAUCGCCCGACUUUUCCUCUCUCUCUCCCAACAACAUACUCGAACAUUCAAUACUCCGACAGACUCGCAACAAUGCUGGAAUACUUCACAUACAAAAAGAUCAAGAAGCACCAGACUGACAAGAAGGCUUCAACACCUUCUACGCCAAGUCAUGCUGAGAAACAACAUUCGGCGCCUCCCAGUCCUGAGCCCGCGCCACUGCUCAACGAAGAAGAUGAGAAUUUCUUACAACGAGUAGUCUCUGCAGAAGGAACACCACCUCCGUUGCCAGAGCGCCCUUUGGGAUGGAUGCCCGAAUCUGGCGACUCAACCAACAACAAUGCACAGAUGGUAGUCCACGAUGGGAAUGGCACUACGGCAGAAGAGACAAAGCAACACAAAGGAAAAGGCAAAGAGAACGAGAAGUCAAACGACAAGAAUGCCAAGAAACCAAGUCGGUUCUCUUUCCUGACCCGAAGUGGUACCAAGAAGGACAAGAACGAUGGCCUCCACCCCGCACCAGUUGUAACCCCCGAUGAAGUUACCUCGGAAGUAGACGACAUAAACCGAGUCCUCGAAGACCUCAAUCUCUCCGCAGUCAACAAUCGAGCCUUCUCCCUCUCGAAAGAAUCCCAGCAACUCGUCCAACAAUUCACAGUCAUCCUCAAAGAUCUCGUCAACGGCGUGCCAACUGCCUAUGAUGACCUGAACCACCUAUUGGACAACUCACAGGGUCAGCUCUCAAAGUCGUAUGAUCACCUUCCGGGUUUCUUGAAGAAGCUGGUUACACAAUUACCGGAUAAAUUGACCAAGAAUCUGGCUCCCGAGUUGUUGGCCGUGGCUGCUGAAGCACAGGCAUUAAAUGGCGGUGCAUCUGCUGGAGGGGCUACAUCAUUUGGUGCUGCGGCAAAGAGUUUCUUGAAGCCCACUAGUCUUAAGGAUCUCGUUACAAAGCCAGGUGCUGUGGUUAGCAUGCUGAAGGCUAUCAUGAAUGCACUGAAGUUAAGAUGGCCUGCAUUCAUGGGCACCAAUGUCCUCCUGAGCUUAGGGCUAUUCGUCCUCCUCUUCGUAUUCUGGUACUGCCACAAACGUGGCCGAGAAGUUCGUCUCGAGCGUGAAGGCAAAGCCACAGUCAUCGACAGCGACGGCCGAAUCGUCGAAUUGGAAGAUGAUCCCAUGCUCCCUGAAGGCCCUUCCACUCAAGCUGGACCUAGUGGUUCCCAGACCGAGGGUCCACGAUCCACGUCUCGUCGUGACCAAAGAGAUCUAGAUCCGUAUGAUGGCCCCAGCUCACGUCCCAGCAGUAGACGAAGCAGAGAUAGUAGGCGAAGUAGGGAUAGUAGGAAAAGACCUGCAAGCUCAGAGAAUGAGACUAGGCAGAAGAGCAUGGAGAAUGCAAGGAGGUGAUGACGAUGUGAUGACUGGAUGUGUUAGAUACCCUCAUGACUGUACGACAAUAGUUUAGUUGAGCGCCUGGAACAUAUGGACGGAGUUUCUAUGGGUUUAAAAUGCAAAUCGGUUCCUUCUUUGCAAUUGUAGAAAAUCGAUAUUUUAGUCUUGUUUGCCUGGAAUUUUAAUUCUUUUCGAGAAAAGGAUACGCUCAAUGAUAUCACUUAGAGUAGAACAAUAAAACCUCAUGGAUUUAAGC